GCCUUCUACUGGUCAGCCACGCAUCCACACGCACACAGACACACACAUGAAGCUAUGCUAGGCAGCGACUCAAUGUCGUCGGCUAAGAACAACCCCCACUGCCCGUCUGCUACGAAUAAUCCACCACACACAAUAGACACACAGCAUAUACACACACACACACAGAGCAGACAGUUAGCCCGUCUUGUGAAUGGGUGCCGUUCCCUCACCUUCAGGGAUUGCGAAUUGCAGUAACUACCGUCCAUCCGCCGUCCGACCCGCUGAUGGCUCGGGAGCAGAAAGCACCGAUGUUGGCGCCAACAGGGAGGGAAGCGAGGAUGGAAUCGUGCUGCCCAGCUGUCGUCUCUUUGACCUGCAGUGUGACGCUCUGGAGGCCUCUGAUGUGCGGGAUCACCGAUGAGAGGCGGGCACGGACGAAGCUGCCGGCAUCCUGCACAUCAGCAGGCACUGAGAGGGAGGGAACACACACAAGGCCAGAGAUGAGGACGGAGGGACACACUUCCCCUCCCUCUCGGCGUACGUGUCGUGGCGAAACGAAGUCCCGAGAUUGUAGGCAAGCUGCCGACCGCCCCCACGAGUUGGUCGACCCCGACAUCCCCCAUCACCACAUACCGCACCUCCCUCUGCCCCCCCAGCGCCGUCAACACGCCCACCUGCUCAUCACCACCCAACACCCCGUAGGCGCACACCACCAGCACCUCCUCGGGCAUCUUGGCGGCGAAUAGCCGAGCAGCAGCAACAGCCAGGUCGCUCCAGACAUGCAGCCGUGAGGCUUUCGGGAAUGGCUUUAGGUGGGUGAUGAUGGUGGGGUGCGGCGAUGGGGUGUUGGUCGGGGGAUCGAAGUCGUCGGCAUUCUUGACCUCCACCGUCUCGGCCUUGUCGAAUGAGAGGCUGGAUGCGAUGUCGAUGGCCAAUUCGCUGGCAUUGGCGUGCGGGUCGGCGAGGCCGUCCUGGGUGAGGAUGUACUGCACACGCAAGGCCUGCCGGGCCAGCUGCUGCAGCAUGGUCUUGAAUGAGGGUGAAGGGUGGGAGGGAAAGUCGGCGGAGUCGAAAAUGGACAGGUCGAACUCGGUAUGGCCGAGGGUGGCGGUGGUGAGAAUGAGUGGGGCGUCCUGUCGGCAGCACGUGCCGACCAGUCGGUCCAGGGCCACCAGGACGGGCAAGUUGCGGCGGCCGACGUGGGUGCCAUAAAAGCACACGUGCAGCUGCUCGAGUGACUGUCGGCAGCCCCGCGCAACGAGCACUUCCUGCAGCAACAACAAACACAGAUACAGGAAGGACAUCAUGAGCCAACCCCCACGACCUGCUGCACACGUGCGUGCUUUGUGUUCACCUAAAGCCGAUCUAUGCCCUCCCGCACCCGAUGGUCGUGCCAGUCGAUCUCGAUUGUGCCGAUGCUCUCCAGCUGAGCUAGUGGCCGUCCCGGUUGCCCAGCAGGUGCCGCAGGGAUGCCCUCAAGUACACGCGGCCACACCUCACCCCCAAAGCUCCCGUCCACGCACCGCAGGGAGCGGGACGAGCUGAUGAACUGGCCCAAUCUGCCGGCGUCCCAAUUCCGUUGCUGCGCGGUGGUGAGUGAGGGCAUCUCCCAGCGUCGGUCGGCCAGCCCCUGAUGGUCGCGGUGCAGACCCUCAAUGGUCGUGAGUGCGUGGAGGGUCGGGGGCGGGUCGAGACGAGGUGGGAGGGAAGGGUAUAUCCUCAAGACGGUCCGCAGCUCCAGGUCGGUCACCCGAACCCCUUCUUCGAUGGUGAUGCUCUGCAGAGUCCCGCCACCCAUGUUGGCUGCACGUCGGCCGGCAAUGUGGCCCUCUACCAUGGCCAGAAACACGUCCAAACACCACCGGGGGAAGCCGAGUGGGUAGCGAAGGACGAUGGACGUGAGCUGCCUGAGGUAUGUGGCCCAUUCCUUGACGAGGUCGAUGGUGGCCGUCUGCCAAAACGACCGCUCGUGCUGGUCUGCUGCGCUGAUGGUGAGGUGGUGCUGCUUCCGAGCCGCGUGCUGCCAUGUCAGUGGCGGCAGCUGCAGCUGCAUCAGCAGGUGGAUUGGGAGGAAGGCCAUGACGAUGCUAAGGAGACCGGGCUGCACACAGCACAGCACACGGGACGGCAAGAGGUGUGAGUGUCAGUGUCUGGAUCACCAUGUCAGUGAUUUGUUGCCGAAAGUUGCUUUCCCUCUCAGCGCGACGCUGUCGCUCCUCAUCGCUGUCAACACCAGCAGCAGCAGAUGAAGAGGCAGACGAAGAAGACGCUGCUGGUGUGCCCUCACGACGGGACUUCUUGACCUGCACACACGCACCCAAUAGACAAACCCAUUGCAGGGGUGCUGUGAUGCCCUCACCUGUACAUCGUCACCCUCCAUUGCUGCUGUAGAUCUAACUCAGCGGCUGGGCUCCGCGAUGAGAACUCCGAGGCCUUCUCAGAGGCGACCACUUAACCAAUUCUCCCGGUCCCUCCCUGACAUCCAAACACACAGCACAUGAGGGCGGCACCGAUGGUGAAUUGGCCUUCUCCCUCUCUCUGCCUGGCGUACCUCAGGAAGGAUAGACGCGACGAUGCCACUCAGUCAACUCAUCGAUUUGAGCAAGGACGCUGAGCCACCCCUCGAUGCUGCACAGGGGUGGCUGCGUCCCCUUGCUUCGCUUUU